UGUGGGCCGGCGAUGGCCGCCAUGCGCGCCGUGUAUUUGCUGCGCUCCGCCGCCCCCCGGGGCCGGGCCCGGGGCCGCAUCUACGUGGGGUUCACGGUGGAUCCGCGGCGGCGGCUCCGGCAGCACAACGGGGGCCGCAGGAGGGGCGGGGCCCGCAGGACCAGCGGCCGAGGGCCCUGGGAAAUGGAAUUGUUCGUCCACGGCUUCCCCUCCGACGUCGCCGCCCUGCGGUUCGAGUGGGCGUGGCAACACCCGAACUCCUCCCACCGGCUGCUGGCCCCGCCCCCUCGCCGCCCUCGGGAGCAGCCAAUCAGCUUCGCCCUCCGGCUCUUGCCCCGCCUCCUCCGGGCCCCGCCCUGGUCCCGCCUCCCGCUCCGCGUCCGCUGGCUCCGCCCAGCCGGCCCCGCCCUGGAGCUGGCCCCGCCCCCUCACGUGGUGCAGGAGGAAGGGGCGGGGCUCCCGCGCCUUAAAAGGAGAAAGGGGCGGGGCUUGGAGGUGGAGAGGACCGGGAGGGGGUGUGGCCUGUGCGGGGAGGUGCAGGCCACGCCCCUUCUGCGCUGUCCCCGCCCCCGGUGCUCCAUGGCCGCCCAUCCCCCCUGCCUGGCCCGGCUCUUCCUGGCCCCGGAGCCGCUGCAGCUGCUGCCACUAGGGGGCGCCUGUCCCGGGUGCCACGCCCACCUCCUCUGGGGGGAUCUGAUUCGUCGUUGCCUGGGGGAGGCGGAGCCUGAAGAGGAGUGGGUGGAGCCCGAUGACGUCAUCAUCCCAAGCUCCGCCCCCACGUGAGGCCACGCCCGCAGGAAGAUUUGAUUUUUAUUGUUCUCAUUAAUUUAUUUCUAAUAAAAGUUGUUAAACUCUAAUUAAAUAAGUUAGAAGAGGCGGGGCUUGAUUUGGCCACGCCCCCAUGAUGUCA